AUGAUUCCAAAGUCGAAAGCUCAAUAUGUCCCAGAAGAGAGAACACGAGCUAACCUCAACAAUGUAACACGAGAUAUUCUGUACAAAUCUCUAGACGAAUCCUUGUUUCCAAGGGUUAGAAAGUGCAAAACUGCUAAAGAUAUUUGGAAUACUCUCAUGGAGAUAGGAGAAGGAGACGAGCAAGAAAAGGAAAACAAGCUCACGGUUGCUAUGAAACAUUUCGAACACUUUAAGAUGAACCCGAAUGAAACCAUUGUUCAAAUGGAGAUUCGUUUCACCAAGUUGCUGAGUGAGAUCUCUGAUCUAGGGAAGGAACUAACCCAAAAAUAA